UUUUCCAAAGCUUACGGCGACUAGUAAGCUAGCUACUCCAUUUUAACCACUGUGUGUUUGCUUUUGGUGAGCCCAGCGUUGGGAUGUGAGAUAAAUGAAUGGAAUUACUAGUCGUACGUCGGACUUUCCGGUGCUUUCAGAGAGCGGAGCAUCAUGUCGAGGACCGAAAAAUCCGUCAGCAGUUCAGAAAUGGAGAGCUAUCCCGGUCCGCUGAGUUGAAAAAUGGGGGCAGGCGCUUCAAUAUCGCUCUGUAAUGACCCGAGCUCAGUGAGGAUCCUGAGGAGCACGGCGAAGGUCAGCCCAGAGCCCGCUGCUCCCACCCUGGUCUCAGAGCCUGACCUGACUCCCAGGCCUGUGUUUGGUGUUGCCUUGGAAACGCUGCAGGAGCACGGACAGGUGGUCUGUGGAAUACCUCUGGUGUUAAGAGACAUGGUGGACUUCCUGGAUAAGAAUGGAAUGCAGCACAGGGGUCUGUUCCGCCUGUGUGGGUCAGUGGUGCGGACCAGGCUGCUGAGGCAGCGGUGGGACCGUGGAGAGAGGGUGGACCUUGAGUGUGAAGGAGAUGUCCCGACUGUGGCCUCGCUCCUCAAGCUUUUCCUUCGGGAGUUGCCUGUCCCAGUGGUCCCUGAACCCCAUCGCAAACAGCUGGUUCUGAGCAUAACAGGAUAUGCUGACGAGGCAGAGAUGAACACGAGUCUGAGAGAAAAUCUUUUUCACCUUCCCGAAGACAGACUUAUUAUAUUGUCUUACCUCAUCCACUUUCUGUCCAGAGUGGCUGCUCACAGCCAAACAAAUCACAUGCCUGUGGAAAAUCUGGCAACCAUCUUUGGACCCUGUAUAUUCCAUGUUCUAGCAGGGCCCAUGAUGCUGGAGGAUCAGAGUGUGUGUAACGCACUGCUGCUCCAUCUUCUCAGGCAUCAUAGCGUUCUCUUUCCAGUCGCAGCCGAGGACUCGGUGACCUCCUCGCCCCCUCCACCUACGCUAUCUGCUCUGUCACACAUUGAGGUCCGACCCAGCAGCUGUCUCUCAGAGCAGAGUAGUGUGGGGAGGCUGGAGGCAGAGACCACCUCAGCCUCAGCCACCACUGCUUUUCACCAAAGACUCCACAGUCCUGACACACUGGUGCAGGGUUGUUGUGAAACCAGCUCUGACGUCAGCGCUGACAUUCAGAAGCCGAACGCAGACCAGGAGGUUCUGGAGGAAAACAGCGAAAACACGGAGGCAAGCUGCGUGCUCUCCUGCCCCACUGACCCAGGACCAGAGCGGCCUCCACGGAACAGACCAUCUCAGAAUGAUCAAGGGCAGCCACCAGAGAAAGAGCGUGCCACGCCAGGGACCCAUUCACAGAUGCCACAGCUCAAAUCUAAAUCAAAGGAGGAAGAGGAGGCGUCGACCGUCGCACGCCCGAACUGUUCUAUUUCACACUGCUGCGUAGAGUAUGAAUCUGAGAGCAAAGCACAGAGUCAGCACAGCGAGAGCCUGCUGUGCUGCCUAAAAUACAAGACAGAGGACAAAACCACAGCGUCUGAGUGUAAGGGGAGAAGAGGAGGAGGAGGAGGAGGAGGAGGAGGAUGUAGUGGUUCUCCUGACAGUGAUUGCAGAGGCAGCAGCUGUGACAGCCCGUCCCUCAAGCUCCAAGCCCUGGAGGCUGACUUGGGACCCCCACCAGCACCAGUAGACCCCCAAGCUCAGGAGAGCCCACCGGCUCAGCAGCAGCCUCUUUGCACUGAGGGACAGACCCUUUCUUUGACCCACAAGCUGAUCCUCCACUCGCCACCAUCACCACCUGCUCAGGACCAGCACACAGGAGGCUCAUCACAGUCGGCACACACCUCAUCUCCACGUUUGUCAGAGUCCAGUCCGGUCCUUUCCGCUGCCACUUAUUCUGAGGAACUUUCAGGAGAGGACAGUCUGCCGAGCUCCCCGGGUCCUAACGCCAGCCCGCUCCUCUCUCGUUUUAUGUCGAGCGACUGCCCCGUUCCGUCUCCGCGCUGCCCCAGCCUCAGCACGAGCCAGCGCUUCAACCUAGACCCUGACACGGCUCCGUCUCCUCCGUGCUCACAGCACAUACGCAUGGCUCGAUGCAGUGUCCACACAGAGCCUGAUGAGGGACCAGUGUCCAUCUCAGCGCUCAACAGACACAUCCACUCGCUGAGGAAGAGGAUAAGGCGUUUUGAGGAGCGCUUUGAACAGGAGAAGCACUAUAAGCCAGCGCACAAUGACAAGACGGCACAUCCAGAGGUGGCCAGACUGAUGAAGGAGCUCAUCAAGAGUCGCAAGCAGCUCAAAGAGUUGAAGAUGAGACAGUCAGAAGAGUCUGAGCUGAAAGGCCUCGAAGGUUUCAACCCUGCAGCUGAAACAUACAGGAACAAUGUAGAGCGAAGAGAGCCCGUAUCCACAGGAACCGAGUUACAGCAGCUGAACAACAACAGCAACAACAAACCAAAUGUUGAGGACACGGUUAACAUUAUAACCAACAGGCUGAAGGAGAGACGGCGAGAGCUGGGUCUGCCCGACAGCAUUAAGGAGAUGUCCCAUUUGCAGAUAAGUAUGGAGAAGACCAGCAUGCAGAAGUGUUUGCUGUACUUUGAGAGUCUGCACGGACGACCAAGUACAAGACAGGAGCGGACUCUGAUGAAACCUUUCUACGAUCGGUAUCGUCUUGUCAAGCAGCUGCUUUCUUCCACAGCUACCACAGCAGUCAUCACAACCAUCGAGGAAGAGGAUGGCUCAGAUGAUGACCGUCCCAGACAGCGAAGCCCCAAGCAGCAGACGCUUUGGUUUAAUCCCCCCAGGUGUGUUUCCCCAAAUGAGUUGCUGUAUCGGCCCUCCCUAGAAACGUCUGAAUCGCCUCUGGUGUCUCCGCUGGAAGAGAUGAAGGGUCUUCCUCCACAGAUCAUCACCAUGGCAACGCUACACGAAGCUUCCAGAUCAGAGUUACUGGAUCAUAUCAGGAUUGUUCGAUUAGAGAAGAGGAGACUCCACCAUGCGCUCCGAGAGUUUGAGGACCACUUCUACAUGAACACCGGCAGGGCUUGUCAGAAGGAGGACCGUGGACCAAUGGCGGAGGAGUACUGCCAGUAUAAGAACCUCAAAGCGAAGCUCCGUCUACUGGAGGCUCUGCUCAGUAAACAACAGAACUCAGCCAAGGCUAGUUGAGUUACUCACAGUGGGACUUUGAUUCAGCGGAACAGGACUCGAUCAUCUCUGAAAAAUUAGGACUCGUUUCAUGCCAUGCGCAUUAUGUAGAUGCACUUUACAUGAAGAAAACUGAUGGAUAUUGGUGACAAUCUGAACAAAAGUUGUUGUUUUUUUUUUUUUUAGUCCCAGAAACACAUCCCUUAUCAUUCAUGGUACAUCCUAUUACAAACCUGAUGUAGCAAGUGUAUGUAGCACAAAAUCUCUGUCAAGAACGAAGCGCUGUAACAACUUGAUGAGUCGUUUUUAAAUUACUGUCUGUAUAUUAUGGCACUUUGUUGCUCAGUUUAUUCUUUGCCAAAAUACUAUUUUUGGACAGCUGCGUCCAUCGUCGAUGUAGAAACUGCAUUCUUAAAAGUGCUAUCUUGGCAAAAAAAAAAAAAAAAAAGUGUAAGCUUAAACACAAUCAGUGAGACAAUCCUGCAGUGUUUGUGCAUGUCAGUUUUUUUAGUCCUACAUUGUGCUAUGAUAUGCAUUAAGAAUUCCAUAGUUGAGCUAAAUUGUGACCAUUGGAUUUUACACGUUCAUCUUGGAAAAUAUGUGAAUGUUGGUGAACGUAGGCAUCGUAGUGCAACUUAUAUCUGCUGCUCAUACAAUUUGUGUUCAUGUCGUUUAUGUUUAUUCCGUUGUUCCGUUGUUGACAAUGAUCAGAGCUUUUGACAUUGUGCACUUCUGGUUUAUAUAGUUUUCUAUAUAUAUAGAUAUAUAUAUGAAUGUAUCAAUAAAAAUAAAUAUUUUUUCACAUUUAUUCUGCUAAACACAG